AUGAGUUUCAUCACAGGGAAAAGAGAACCUAGCCAAAUCCAGAAGACAUAUGAAACCAUUCCUAAAACAGACUUUUUUGAUGGCUGGGCAGACAGGUAUGAUGUGACAGAAGGCUACCAGCGUGAAGCUGCUGGUGGAAUAACAAUCAAGCUUCAGUCUCCUGGUGUGAAGUGGUUUGAUGAAUAUUACCUGAAACUUCAGCCAGAAACCAAUCAGCGAAAUCCAUGGUUUCAGGAAUUUUGGCAGCACCGGUUCCAGUGCCGACUGAAGGGGUCCCCUCAGGAGAACCCCAAAUUCAACAAGACCUGCACCAGUAAGUCUUCUGAACCUUACAUCUUUAUUGAUGGCUGGGCAGACAGGUAUGAUGUGACAGAAGGCUACCAGCGUGAAGCUGCUGGUGGAAUAACAAUCAAGCUCCAGUCUCCUGGUGUGAAGUGGUUUGAUGAAUAUUACCUGAAACUUCAGCCAGAAACCAAUCAGCGAAAUCCAUGGUUUCAGGAAUUUUGGCAGCACCGGUUCCAGUGCCGACUGAAGGGGUCCCCUCAGGAGAACCCCAAAUUCAACAAGACCUGCACCAGUAACCUGACCUUACAAGCACAACACGUGCAAGAUUCCAAGAUGGGGUUUGUGAUUAAUGCGAUAUACUCCAUGGCCUAUGGCCUCCACAACAUGCAAAUGGCACUGUGCCCAGGCUAUGCGGGUCUUUGUGAUGCCAUGAAGCCGAUUGAUGGACGGAAACUCCUUGAUUCACUGAUGAAGGCCAAUUUCACUGGGGUUUCUGGAGAUAUGAUCUCCUUUGAUGAAAAUGGAGACUCACCAGGAAGGUAUGAGAUCAUGAACUUUAAGAAAAUGAGGAAGGAUCAAUACGAUUACAUCAACGUCGGAAGUUGGGACAACGGUGAGCUGAAGAUGGCCGACGAUGAAAUUUGGGCAAAGAAAAGUUUGGUCAUCAGAUCUGUGUGCAGUGACCCUUGUGAAAAAGGAGAGAUUAAGGUUAUCCGCAAGGGAGAAGUCAGUUGCUGUUGGACCUGCACGCCAUGCAAAGAGAAUGAGUUUGUCUUUGAUGAAUACACAUGCAGGGCCUGUGAGCUGGGAUCCUGGCCCAACCAUGACCUCACUGGUUGCGAUUUAAUCCCAGUUGAAUAUCUACGAUGGGGUGAUCCAGAACCUAUCGCUGCGGUGGUUUUUGCCUGCUUGGGUCUCCUGGCUACUUUAUUUGUCACCGCCAUCUUCAUCAUGUACCGUGACACGCCGGUUGUCAAAUCCUCCAGCCGAGAACUCUGCUACAUCAUCUUGGCUGGCAUCUUUUUGGGUUACCUGUGCACCUUCUGCCUGAUCGCCAAGCCUCAGCAGAUCUACUGUUACCUUCAAAGGAUUGGCAUUGGUCUCUCCCCAGCUAUGAGCUACUCAGCUCUCGUGACGAAAACCAACCGCAUCGCCAGGAUUCUGGCCGGCAGCAAGAAGAAAAUCUGUACCAAGAAGCCACGAUUCAUGAGCGCUUGUGCCCAGCUGGUCAUAGCUUUUAUCCUGAUCUGUGUUCAACUUGGCAUCAUCGUUGCCCUGUUCAUUAUGGAGCCCCCAAAUACCAAGCACGAUUACCCAAGCAUCCGAGAAGUGUACUUGAUAUGCAACACCACCAACUUGGGGGUCGUGACCCCUCUUGGAUACAAUGGUUUGCUCAUUUUAAGCUGCACGUUUUAUGCGUUCAAGACCAGAAACGUCCCUGCAAAUUUCAACGAGGCUAAAUAUAUCGCCUUCACCAUGUACACCACCUGCAUCAUUUGGCUGGCCUUUGUGCCAAUUUAUUUCGGGAGCAACUAUAAGAUUAUCACCAUGUGCUUUUCGGUAAGCCUGAGUGCCACCGUGGCCCUCGGUUGCAUGUUCGUGCCAAAGGUGUACAUCAUCCUUGCCAAGCCAGAGAGGAACGUGCGCAGCGCCUUCACCACGUCGACGGUGGUUCGCAUGCAUGUUGGCGAUGGAAAACCGUCUUCCGCAACCAGCCGCUCGAGCAGUUUGAUCAACCUGUGGAAAAGAAGGGGUUCUUCCGGAGAAACUCUAAGGUACAAAGACAGGAGGCUGGCCCAGCACAAGUCGGAAAUAGAGUGUUUCACUCCAAAAGGGAGUAUGGGAAAUGGUGGGCGAGCGACAAUGAGCAGUUCCAAUGGGAAAUCGGUCACCUGGGCCCAGAAUGAAAAAAGUACAAGCCGAGGGGCCCAUCUCUGGCAGAGGCUUUCCAUCCAUAUCAAUAAGAAAGAUAACCCCAACCAAACCGCGGUGAUCAAACCCUUCUCUAAAAGCACAGACAGCAGCCGGCAGGGCAGUAGCACCACCAUCGCCACCACGUUCCCCGAAUCCAGUGCCAAAACUCUUUAUGAUGUCUCCGAAGCUGAAGAACACUACCCAGCUCAAUAUCGGGUUCAAACUCCUUCCCCCAUUAGUACAGUCAGCCAGACAACUGCUUCCCUGAGCCGGACUGAAGACGAUGUUCCGACUUUCCAGACGGAACAAACCCAACGGAGCAGUUCUUCCCAAGGUUCCCUGAUGGAGCAAAUCAGCAGCGUGGUGACCCGAUUCACGGCCAACAUCAGCGAACUCAACUCAAUGAUGCUCUCCACCGCCGCGCCAGGCCCGAUGGUGACCACCCCAUUGUGCUCUUCCUAUCUGAUUCCGAGGGAGAUCCAGAUCCCGACCACCAUGACCACGUUUGCAGAGAUCCAGCCUCUCCCUGCCAUUGAGAUCAAUGGAGCAUCUCAGUCAAGCAGGAAACCGUCGUGUGGAAGCGUCAAAGAAGGCCCUGCGGCGGAAACCCCGGCCGUUGCCAAGCCCGAGCUUGAAGAGUUGGUGGCUUUGACGCCUCCCUCUCCGUUCAGGGACUCUGUGGAUUCUGGAAGUGCUUCUCCCAGUUCUCCUGCAUCGGAAUCCGCCAUCUGUAUGCCGUCUUCGCCGAAAUACGACUCGCUGAUGAUAAGGGAUUACACGCAGAGUUCUUCUUCCUUGUGA